AACGUAAACGUAUGCAUGAUUUAAAUUCUGCAUUAGAUAGUUUACGUGAAGUUAUUCCUUAUGCAAAAAAUCCAUCUGUACGUAAAUUAUCAAAAAUGGCAACAUUAUUAUUAGCAAGAAAUUAUAUUAUUAUGUUAACAAAAACACUUGAUGAUAUGAGACAACAUUUCGCAACAUGUUAUCAAAAUAAAUCUGAACAAGAUAAAUCUCAAACAAUAUGUCCUAAAGCUCAACUUAAUUUACCAUGUUUUUGUUCAAUUUGUUUAACAUCAAAUAUAAAUAUUGAACAAGAACGACAACAAACAUUUCCAUCAAUUAUAUCAUUUGUACCAACAUCAUCAAAAAAAAAAAACUAA